AUGUCGCGCAAGCAAGUGGACUCGAGAAUACCGGCGCUCAUCCGCAAUGGCCUCCAAGAGAAGAAGCGCAGCUUCUUCGUGGUGGUCGGUGACAGAACCAAAGAUGUUAUCGUGAGGCUGCACUAUAUAAUGUCCCACAUGGAGGUGAAGCAGAACAAAUCCGUCCUCUGGGCAUACAAAAAUAAGCUGCUUGGGUUCACCAGUCAUCGCAAGAAGCGCGAAGAGAAAAUCAAGAAGGAGAUCAAGCGCGGCAUCCGAGAAGCGAAUUCCGAAGACCCCUUCGAACUUUUCGUCUCGCUACACAAUAUUCGAUAUGUUUAUUAUAAGGAGACAGAGAAAAUUCUGGGAAACACAUAUGGAAUGUGCAUUCUGCAAGACUUCGAGGCGAUCACUCCGAACAUCCUGGCGCGGACGAUCGAAACAGUCGAGGGAGGUGGAAUGGUCAUUUUGUUGCUGAAGGGAUUGAAUAGCCUGCGUCAGCUCUAUACCUUGACGAUGGACGUUCACUCCAGGUAUCGUACGGAGGCACACGACGAUGUUGUUGCGCGCUUCAACGAGCGAUUCAUACUCUCACUCGGCAGCUGCGAUUCAUGUCUCGUCAUUGACGAUGAGCUUAACGUUCUGCCGAUAUCAGGAGCCAAGGGAGUCAAGCAACUACCGCCUCCUGACUUGGAUCAGCCCAAAACCCCUGCUCAGCAGGAGCUUGAUGGUUUGAAGGAGUCGCUCCAGGACACACAACCGGUCGGCUCUCUUGUCACUCUAGCAAGAACAGUCGACCAAGCCAAGGCACUCUUGACUUUUGUUGACGCAAUUGCCGAGAAAACGUUAAGGAGCACUGUGGCAUUGACCGCUGCCCGUGGUCGUGGAAAGAGUGCUGCUAUGGGUGUCGCAGUUGCUGCUGCAGUCGCUCAUGGAUACAGCAAUAUCUUCAUCACAUCACCGUCCCCCGAGAACUUGAAGACUCUGUUCGAGUUCAUUUUCAAAGGAUUUGAUGCUCUCGGCUAUAUGGAUCACAUCGAUUACUCUAUCAUACAGUCAACGAACCCUGACUUCAACAAGGCCAUUGUCCGUGUUAACAUUCAUCGUCAACACCGUCAAACGAUCCAAUACAUAAGGCCGCAGGAUGCUCAUGUUCUUGGACAAGCCGAGCUCGUCGUUAUUGAUGAGGCGGCUGCUAUCCCUCUACCACUUGUGAAAAAGCUCAUGGGACCAUAUCUGGUCUUUAUGGCUUCUACUAUCAACGGAUAUGAAGGAACGGGUCGAUCACUUUCGCUAAAGCUCAUCAAACAAUUGCGAGAUCAAUCAAGGGCCGGUACCAUUGUAACUGACGGGGAAGUAGCCGACCGGACCACUGGUAGAGCGGCGAAGAACCAAGACUCUCCCUAUACAGGAGGAAGAUCUUUAAGAGAGAUUACCUUGUCCGAGCCAAUUCGUUAUGCUCAGGGCGAUGCGGUCGAGAAGUGGUUGAAUACGCUCCUCUGCCUAGAUGCAACUCUACCAAAGUCAAAGCUUCAAACUCAAGGCUACCCAGACCCCUCCCAAUGCCAGCUUCUCAACAUCAAUCGCGAUACCCUCUUCUCGUUCCACCCAGUAUCUGAGAAAUUCCUGCAGCAAAUAGUCGGCCUUUUCGUUGCCGCGCAUUACAAAAAUACCCCCGACGAUCUACAACUGUUGUCGGAUGCCCCAGCACACGAACUCUUUGUCCUCGUUCCUCCAGUCGAUGAGAAUAGCAAUCGACUGCCCGAACCGCUUUGCGUCAUCCAGGUCUCGUUAGAAGGCAAGAUCAGCAGGCAAAGCGUGAUCAACAGCCUAAGUCGAGGUCAGCGACCCGCGGGUGAUCUCAUCCCGUGGCUUGUCUCCCAGCAGUUCCAGGACGACGAGUUUGCAAGUCUCUCCGGAUCAAGGGUUGUAAGGAUAGCUACCAACCCCGAUUACGUCCGGUCAGGCUAUGGAUCAAAGGCGCUGGAACUGCUCAUCGACUUUUACGAGGGCAAGUUCGCCAGUCUCUCAGAAGAUGCAGAAAUGAUUGGUGAUCAAACAAUGCCUCGUGUCACCGAUCCUGCUGAACUAGCCAAUGCAAGCUUGCUGGACGAUGAUAUCAAGGUUCGCGACAUUAGCAAGAUGCCACCCUUAUUUUCCAAGCUUUCCGAGCGUCGACCUCAAAAUAUCGACUAUGUUGGUGUCAGCUAUGGCUUGACUGCAGAGCUACAUAAAUUUUGGAAGAAGAGUGGUUUCAGUCCUGUCUAUCUACGACAGACAGCGAACGACCUCACAGGAGAGCACACGUGCGUUAUGUUGAGGCCGCUUGAGGUCAGUGGCGAUCGUAGCUGGCUCGGUGCCUUUUCUAGGGAUUAUCAUCGCCGGUUUCUCUCCUUGCUGUCCUACCAGUUUAGGAAAUUCCCCGCGAUCAUGGCUCUAAGUAUUGAUGAAUCCGCCAAUGCUGGAGCGGCGCUGGAUGAUAUUCAGCCGCGUCCCGUGAAAAAGGAAGAUCUCGAUCAGCUUAUGACACCAUUUGAUCUCAAGCGUCUUGAGAGCUACGCAAAUAACAUGUUGGAUUACCAUGUGGUUCUCGACCUCGUCCCUACCUUGGCCAAUCUGUACUUCACCGGCCGCCUCAGGUCAGAUAUCAAGCUCACUGGUGUACAACAGUGCAUUCUGCUGUCGAUUGGCCUCCAGCACAAGGAUAUGGACGAAGUCUCUGAGGAUCUAACACUUCCCCCCUCCCAACUUCUUGCAAUGUUCAUCAAGAUCCUCCGCAAGAUGACAGCUCACUUCGGGACUCUCGUCUCGGCAGCAGUCGAGUCCGAGUUGCCCAAGGCGGAGAAGCUUGGUGUGAGCCAGGAGAACGCCACUGGCGUCCAUGAGGACGAAACCGUUGACACCAGAUUCGCACCGCUGGAGACAUCGCUCGAGGAUGAGCUUGAGGAAGGUGGUGAUGAAGCUCUGAAAGAGGUCCGAAAGAAACAGAGGGAGUUGAUCGACUCGCUGCCGCUGGACCAAUACGAGAUCGAGGGCGACGCUCCAGGAUGGCAGGACGCCGAGAAGCAGGUGCUCAAUGCCACGAAGCAGGGCAAGGCGAACCCUGUAGUUAGUGUGAAGAGCAGCAAGACGAAGCGGAAAGCAGGGCAGACUGCUGCAGAGGUGUAUGAAGAGGCUUUUGGGGAGAAGAGCCACAAGAAGCAUAAGAAGUCAAAGAAAUAG